AAUGUCAAGUGUGGGUUCACGGAAAGCAUACGCACCUGCAACAUGGACAAAAUACUCCUGCUUUUUCUCUUUUUACUUCCAACUUCUGCUCCAAAAGGCUCUCACUCUUUAUGUUUGCUUGCUACAUACAUAAAAGGGCCAUCGCCGUUUCCUGAAUUGAGUGGUGUCAUGAUGCUGGAUGAUAUCCCACUUCUAUACUAUAAUGGUGAUACAAAGACUUUCUUCAUGAGAGGAAACACAACGGCUGAAGAUAAUGUGUUUGAUGCAAAUGCUUUCCUCAGCAUUAUUGGCCAUAUACAGUCAUCUUUUGUUGACAGAUGGGGAUUAGCAUCAAGAGACUUAAAUAAAACUGACAGGAUUUUUACACUUCAGCAGCUUGUUUUGUGUGAACUAAGUGAGGAUGGUGAACAUGGAAAAAUGAUAUCACGUGAUGCUGUUGAAGGAACCACCACAGAUGAACUGCAACAUGUUGACCAUAAGUUUACAUACAAGCAUACUUUAAAUGUUUCAGCUUAUCUAAUAGAUUUUUACCUUGAAUUGACAAAGAGUCUUCACAAAACUUUAUUCCAACCAACCUGCUUCAAAACUCUCAGUGGUUAUCUUAUACAAAGAAGAAAUCAAAUCAAUAGGAAGGUGAAACCUAAAGUCAGGCUCUUCAAGAAAGAACUGUCUUCUGGGUUUAUUGUGAGUUGUUUGGCGACAGGAUUUUACCCUCGUCACAUCAACCUGACCCUGUUGAGAGAUGGACAGCCUGUAUCUGAUCAUGAUGUCACUGGAGGAGAUCUGCUGCCCAAUGGAGAUGGGACGUACCAGAUGAGGAAGAGUCUGGAGAUCAGAGCAGAGGAAAGACAAAAACACAAGUACUCCUGCUCUGUUAAACACCUCAGUCUAGACAACAAACUCCAUGUUGAUUUGGACUUCGAUCACAGCAAACCCUUUCAGUCAGUGAUUCCUUCAGUUCUGACAGUUUUGGCUCUGUUAUUGGUGUUUGGAGUCGCAGCUGUGAUAUGGAAAAGAAAAUGUAGAGAUUCUGUUAAAUGUGGUUAUUCCGCAGCUUCUACAUCUGUAGAAAAUAUGGAGACAACAUGACUGACAAAAAGAAUAGCAUGCAAUUACAAAAAAUUGUGUUCAAAUUUUUUUUUUCUGUCUGGAACAUUCUGCCUUUCAACCAUAUUUAUUCUGGAUUUUUAAAAGCCUGAUUGUAUUCACUUUUUUCUGUAGCCACUCUGCAGUGCAUCUUUUGGUUUUUACUUUUUACGGGAAUUAUAUGGGAGUUUUCCAGGAGAAAUAACAAAACAGUAGGGUGCCGGGUGAUGGGUGUGAAAUAUGGGAGACUGUUGGAAGGUAUGAUACGUAUUAUCAAAACUAAUGCACGCAACAAGCGCAAGUGGAUGUACGGUAAGCAAAAUGGUAAAAAAAAUGACUUGAAAAUGGAUUUGAGAAGGGAGUUUUUCCCAAACUUGCAAAAUAUAUUCAACAUAAUUAUUUGAGAAAUUGGUUAUUACAUGAAAGUCUAUAUUUAAAACAAAAGAUUAUUAUUUCAUGAGUGAAAUUAUAAUUACACAGGUUUUCAAAGGCAAUAUUUUCAGUUGGUAUAACAUUUAAAAAAUGAAAUAAUAAAUUAUAUGAUUGUGUAGGUCAAAUCUUUAAAACACUAGACUGAAGCUAUUUCUGUUAUGAAACUUUAUCAGGAGUUUCUCAGAAUUUUAAGCUUUAUCAGUACAGAGCAGUUUAUGCAUCAGAGCAGAAGAGUGAACUGUACCACUAUCACUGUAUGUUUAUGUUAUUAUUCUUUGUCUGCAAGGGUGGCACUAAACAAGGCUUUAUUAGACAGACACUAAGAAUUGUUAGUUAGAGUCUCACGAUUAUCAAAUGGAUGCAUAUACUUGGUAAAUGUGACUCUUUCCUUGUUGCAUGCACAACUAAAAUACAGUAAAAGAUUUUUUUAGAC